UAUUUUAAUUAUCUAGCUUAAUAUCCUAAUUAUAAAGAACGGUUCAAGUGACCCCAGCCAUAUUGCCAUUUAAUUUAGUUGUGUGCAGCCUUUAUUAACGUGUUUUUGUGGAGACCGAUAGCUGGUAUUUCAGUGAUUAAUAGAAAAUGACAAGGACGGACAUUACUUUCAAAUCUGAAAAUGCGAAAGGAGAUUGCCCCGGUGUUCUACAAGGAACGGGACAGAAUAGAACAAAAGGACUGAUAGUCUUACAGGAAUGGUGGGGAAUGAAUGAUCAGAUCAAACAGGAAGCAGAAGAAAUUGGUGAGAUGGGAAAGUUUGUUACUUUGGUUCCCGACCUUUAUAGGGGCAAGAUAGCAACUGACACGGAGCAAGCUGGGCACUUGAUGGGUGAACUUGAUUGGCCAGGAGCUGUCAAGGAUAUCCAAGGAGCAGCAAAAUAUUUGUUAGAAAAUGGAUGUACCAAGGUGGGUGUGACAGGAUUUUGUAUGGGGGGAGCUUUAAGUCUGGCAAGUGCUGCCCUCGUACCAGAGGUGUCCGCAGCAGCUCCAUUCUACGGAAUUCCAAGUGCAGAUUUGUGUGAUGUUGGCAGUAUAACUAUCCCAGUACAGGCUCACUUUGGAGAGGAUGAUGUCUUGAAAGGGUUUUCUUCAAAGGAGGAUGCUUUGGCAUUGCAAGAAAAAAUGAAAGGAAACAACAACUUUGAGUUGAUUUUAUACCCAGGUUGCGGACAUGCUUUCACCAAUAAAACAGGUCCCCUUGGUAACUACAAGGAAAAGGAAUGUCGCGAGGCUUUGACGAAGAUGACAAGUUUUAUGAACAAAUGGCUGGCUUGAAAAACAUCAACUAAUUUGACUUCCCUACGCAUGUUUGAAACAGUCGGGGACCUUGGUGUGAUAAACGUUUUAAUUUGAUUGUAAAUAUGAGUGAACUUAUCAAUUUGAGAAAUAACAUUUCUUUUGUAUUUUCGGAAAAUAUAAUAAAUUAAACACAGUUUAUAAAUAGAAAAAACACUUUACUGUUC